AUGCGAGUGAUGAUGCAAUCGAAACAAAUGGAAAUGGAUGAAGCCUUUGCGGCAUCUUUGCUGUAUGAUGAUGAUCAAACAGAUGAUCAAGCCGUCGCAAGAGAAUGGCAAAAUAUGGAAAAUUCUCUAAUCUCCUUAAGCGAUGACGAAAAGUUUGCUAAAUCGCUACAAGAACAAGAAUUGAACCGUUCGACAUCUACCCAGCAACAAAGUCAUGUUGGCAGUUCUUCUCAUGAUUCAUCUGACGACAGUACUCAUUCUCUUCCUCCUGAUGUUAACAUCGAUCCUGAUAAUAUGACUUAUGAAGAGAAUCGAUCGGAGCAGUCAACAAAGGAUUGUCGAAGAGGAGAAUUGGCCAAAUACCAACUCAUAAAUUUACCUCGUCGUCUAGAACGAGAAAUCUUGUAUCCGAAAAAACUCAGUAAGACCAUUAUAUGUAUGAAUAGUUUCAAAAUCAAUAUUGUGAUCAGUCUACAAUAUUUUGUUUUAUGA